AUGAGUUAUCCAGUUCCAUUUAACAAUGACCCAAACUCUUUUGCUUAUACCACCUCAAGGGAUAGAUGGCCUCACAUUAUCAAGUCUUCUGUUGGCGAUUUGGAGUCUUACUUAGCUGAGAAUCCUUCUUCCAAGAUAGAGGGUGCCAAACUAGUGCAAGAUCUCGAGAAGUUAAGGUCUGAUAUAUUGGCCAAUGGUACCGUGAAUCCCUUCACCCGGGAACAAUUGGAUUUGAUCCCGUCUUUGGCUUCCUAUAAUGAGACGCUGGCCUCGUUUAAGUCUCCAUUGAAGUGGCUGGAAGGCCCCUGGUUGUUUCUUGAGACUUUCUUAUAUAGAUUGAUAGAUGUGAUCAUUAAGAAGCAUUCAGGGUUCGAAAAUUACGAUAUCUUUGAAAAAAGUAAAAGAAAGGCUUUUACUGACUCUCCAAAAAGUGUUUAUGAGUUAAUUAAACAGUACCUUCUUCUUUUGGAUGACAACAAACUGAAAUCAAAUGAUAAAGAUGGUCAAUACCUAUUGUUCAAAGAAUUUAUUGAUGUUUCACUUUGGGGAAACGCAAUUGACUUAUCUCUUUUAGCAACAGCCGCUCAAGACUAUGAUAUGAGCACUGGUCAAUCGGCUGCUGCUAGGAAGGAGAAUGAGAAGCAUAUCCUGGCUAAUGAUACUUCGAAAGCUUGGGACCAUUUGCUGCUGUGUAAGCGUCCCAAGAGGAUUGACAUAGUGUUGGACAACGCUGGUUUUGAAUUUUUUACUGAUUUGGUAUUUUCCUUAUUUACCCUUGAUUCAAAUCUUGCUGAUUCUGUUGGAAUCCAUUGCAAAACGAGACCAUGGAUGGUCAGUGACACUAUGAUCAAAGACGUUGAGCUGUUGUUGAAGGACCUGUCUAAUACUCAACUGUUCCCAGAUAACAGAGAUGAGGUGGACCGAUUUGUCUCUAUCGUGAGAAACUACCUUCAGUCGGGAAAAAUAAAGCUAUUGGAAAACGAGUUUUGGACCCUAGAUUUAGAUUAUACCCAUAUCACACCCAAUGGUAAACACGGAGGAGCAGAACUGUACGAUUAUUUCCAAGACUCAGCUUUAGUCAUUAUCAAAGGUGACUUAAAUUACCGAAAGCUUACAGGAGACAAGAAAUGGCCAAAAGAUACUCCUUUCAAAACAGCUAUCAAGGAACUGGGUGAAACAAAUAUUCCUAUUUUGGCUCUACGUACUUGUAAAGCAGACGUAUGUGUAGGGUUGCCUAAGCAAAGAGAGGAAGAGCUAGUUAGAACAGAUGGAAAGUCAUGGUGUGCUACAGGCAAAUGGGCAGUAAUUAGCUUCAAUCAGCCGAAAUAG